GUCGUCCCCGAAGCCGAAGCCGUGCCUGGUACGUCGCCGAAGCUCGGACUCACCAACGCCGGGUUCUUCGUCCCCCAUGUCGCGGCCAUCGGUGCGGAGCAGGGAGCUGGGUGCGGCGCUGAGCAGCCCGGCGCGCCACCACAGCGGCAGCGCCGGCCAGGCAGAGGUGAUCAGCAACUCGGGCGACCGCGUCACCCUGGUGGUCGAUCACACUCGCUUUAUCGUGGACCCCAGCAUCUUUACACGCGAGCCCAACACCAUGCUCGGACGCAUGUUCUCGUCUGGUCUGGAAUUUGUGCACACCAACGAACGGGGCGAGUACAACGUGGCCGAGGGCAUCAGCGCCACCGUGUUCCGCGCCGUGCUGGACUUCUACAAGACAGGCACGGUGCGCUGCCCGCCGUCAGUCAGCGUGCCAGAGCUGCGCGAGGCGUGUGACUACCUACUGGUGCCCUUCAGCGCCGACAUCGUGCGCUGCAAGAACUUGCGCGGCCUGCUGCACGAGCUGAGUAAUGACGGCGCGCGCCAGCAAUUCGAGGAGUUCCUGGAGAGCCUGCUGCUGCCGCUGAUGGUGCGCGCCGCCACCUCGGGUGACCGAGAGUGCCACCUGGUCGUGCUGCUCGACGACGAUGUGGUCGACUGGGACGAGAACUACCCGCCGCAGAUGGGCGAGGAGGCUAGCCAGACGCUGAAGUCCACUGCCCUCUACCGCUUCUUCAAGUACAUCGAGAACAGGGACGUCGUCAAGCAGGUGCUCAAGGAGCGCGGUCUGAAGAAGAUUCGGCUGGGCAUCGAGGGCUACCCGACGCACAAGGAGAAAGUGCGCACGCGGCCCGGCGGCCGAGCAGAGGUCAUCUAUAACUACGUGCAGCGGCCCUUCAUACACAUGUCCUGGGAGAAGGAGGAGGCCAAGAGCCGACACGUCGACUUCCAGUGCUUCAAGUCGAAGUCUGUGACAGACCUGGCCGAGGCCACGGCUGAUCCCCCGAUCGACCGGCCGGCCGAGGCUGGCGAGGCGGCGCCGCGCGCCGAGCCGCCGCCGCCGCCCGCGCACGAGCCGCCCACCAACGGCGACGAGCUGGAGGGCGCGGAGCCGGCGCCGGCGCUGGACGCCCUCUGA